AUGAAACGGGGCGCUCUGUCUCCCGGGUUCUGGGCGUUCCGAAGUAUUUGCAGUACGACCGACGGCCAUCAAAUUUACGGACGUGUCAUAUCUGCGCUAUUGCGGCAUGGACUUUUCGAGGAUGCGCUGUCGAUGCAUAAAUUCCUUAUCCAGAGGGACGAUCAUCCGCAAGACUACGAAGAACUCCAGCCACUGCUGAUUUACGCCAAGGAAAACGGGCCAUGGACAUUUUCCGAGAAACUUCACAGUUACGCAGCGAACCGUUUCCCUGAACAGAGCGAACCGGCAGAAGAGUCUCCGGGUGUUAGCGUCGAGGCUGGACCCGAGGAUAAGCCACUCAAGGAUGACUUUGGCGCGCGACUUUUCGCUACGGGAGCACUGGCUUUUGAGACGAUCGUCUCAGGCCUGCAGAUGUUCGGCGUCUCAGCCAUCGGCCCUCACUCCCUUCGAGAGAUGGCCGUCAGAGCUCACGGCAGCCAAGACAUACUCGAGAAGCUUCGCCAGCUGCAGAAUGCAGGAAUCUCCCUUGGAGACUCGGUCUUUGCCCGUCUUCUCCGCAGGCUGGCCACUGAGAAUCGGGAGAUUCUCUUAUCCGACCUGAUCCACAGCGACCAACACCCCGACGUGCUCGAAGAUGCACACGUGCAAGAAUCGCUGUUGAUCUCCUCCUAUAUGGCCCGCGAAUGGCGCUUGUACCACCUGACGUUGGCGGUUUUGGGCGAGAUCCCCGACGUCCGGUCUGACCUGCCCAGUCUCCAUUUCCGCAAAUACAUCACCGCCGGCGAAUGGUCUCAGGCGUUGAAACUCGUCGACGAACUGACGUUGCGUGGCCAGACGCUGAGCCAAGAAAGCAUCGAUUUCUUGGUAGCGCAGGUGCUUACCCCACGCAAACCAGGGGCUCGACCCCCUCAAUCGACGGAUUUCCCAUCUGACCAGGAAGUGACCUUGGUCUCCCGCAUCCUCCAGCGCGUCGCCUCUACGGGUGUGUCUAUCCCCACCGACCUGUGGGUUGAGAUCCUGAAACGGUACGGGAUGACCAACCAUUGGGACGAGCUCCACGACUGCUGCCUCUGGUUAGCUCGCCACUACUCCUGUCGCUCUCCGCACGUGGAUACCGCCCGGGUCCCGAUGCUCCCCGAGAAGUCACACGCCGGGGUCCACGCAGGGUCCGGAGUCCACGCAGGGUCCCGGGUCCAGAGCAUCCGACAGCUGCAGGACAUCUUCGACCGACACAUGCAGGCGGCCAUCGUCGCAUGGGGGUUCCGGAUGCGGAUCUCCACCCAGUCCAAGAAGACCUAUAAUCCGUCGGGCACUCCCGAAGGGGACCUUGUGCCCUGGGUCCGCGGCGUCGUGCUCCUGCGAGAGCUAGGGGAGAAUGGCGUGGAGCUUCGCCCCGGCUGGAUCCUCCGGGCGUGCCGGCAGCGUCUGGCGGUCCUCUACGGAGGACCCCGUCAUUCCGGCCGGCGCAUGAAUCGGAUGCUCCGGCGCGAGAACCCAUACAGCGUCGAGCGGGUGGUGAGCGAUCUCAACCGGGCGUGGGGGGAACCGGCCUUGAUCCAGCAUCGGGGUGGAAAAUCACUACAGGAACUGGUGAAUCCACCAUUGUCGAAUGUGUCCCUACACCGGACCCAUCGCACCAUGUUGAACCACGCGCGAUACCUUAGGGAUAUAGUGUAUGAAUAUAUCAGACUGGAGAAACAGUCUAGCUGA